CAAACAUUCAUGUUUACCUUUACUUUUCCCAUUCCAUUUCUCACCUUUAUUUCUCAUUCUUCUCCAACCUGCACCUUGUUCCCUCUUACCCUUCUUGUCACCCAUAAGGCGCUCAAAUUGUGCCUGCUGUUAUGUUCUACUGUCGUGUGUGGCCCCUAUUCCAAGGCUCCGAUAUUGUCUCCUGAUUAAUUUGUCUUCUUUUUACACCUUUCGGCUCGUGAUUUCAAUAUCUUCCAUCUUUACCUUAUUGUCCUCCCUCUAUCUGUCUCCGCGCUUGCCACCAUGAAUCAGACAUACGCUGCACUACAUGCCUUACCCAGCGAUUUAAUCAAUAAACUAUGUCGCUCUAAGGUCACUAGGUUAUCGCUCAAGCAGAUGUACACCCUUGGAAGACAUGUCCUCGAGUCCAAAAAUCAAAGCGCACUAGUCAUUCCAGCGGUUUUCCUGCACCAAGAGCUACCAAUUCGGUUGUCGCAUGCGCUCAAGAUGCUCAACUCGAACACGUUGCCUGUCAACUUGGCUGACAUGCCCAAUUUCCAGCACAUUGCUCGUUCAUAUCUCGAGGACAUAAGUAUGGUAACUCAAAUGCCUAAACCCUCGACACCUGAGCUAGAAGAAGAGUUCACGGCUUUGCUCCGCAAACUGGAGCAGCGCCACAAGAUCAAAGUCUUAGCAAUCAGCAGCGGUUUCCGUGAGCUUAUGAACUCUGCUAUGCAGCAGCCCGAUUAUAACUCGCUUUUCUAUGAUAAUGGGAAGGGCUGGACGAUCAACCCAGAAGCCGAUAAGGCUAUCCAAACCUUUUUUAACCGAUUUUAUACUAUUAACCUGGGCACCCGUCUCUUGAUUGGUGAACACUUGGCAUUACACGAUCGUGGUCUAAAUCUAGUUCAUCGUUUGAACCCGUUAUCAAUAUCGAAAAGAGCCAUUCAGGACGCUCAAAAGUUGUGCGCUGCUCAUUAUAGACAAGCUGCUCCAUCUGUUCUCAUCCACACUCCUAAUCCCGAUAUCUCCACAACAUAUGUGGAGGAGUUUUUACAUCGAAAUAUUUAUGAGCUUCUUAAGAAUGCUAUGAGAGCUACAUGUGAGACAUACUUGAACAAUGGAUCGCCAGUCACUAUUGGACUAUCGCCAGCAUCCUCCAUGAACAAGGCCACAGCAAGCAAAAGCAAGCUACCACCUAUCAAGCUAAUUUUAGUAGACGGUGGUGAGGAUGUUACAAUUAAAAUCUCGGACGAGGGGGGUGGAAUGGCUCUAAGCGAGAUGGAUAAGAUUUGGAGCUAUGUUCAUUCGGGAAAUUCGAGCCGUCUUCGCCAACCAUCCACUAUGGUACAAAAGCACGAAAAGGUGAUUGAAGAGGCCCCGAAAACCACAACAAUAAUAACACCAUUUCAACCAUCAGCCCCGAAUACUUCAACCUUGCAUAAAUCGGAUGUAUCAGAAACGAAUAUGGUCCUACGGGCUGUGGUGCAUCCGGCAGACUCAAUGACAGUAAUGGGCGGAUUGGCUAGCGAGGCGAAGGACUACCUUGAUUUACCAUUAAGUGGUUCGGGUCACGGGUUGCCUCUGGCCCGUUUAAUUGCACGAUACUUUGGGGGCGAUCUGUCGCUAAUUUCAAUGGAAGGAUAUGGAACUGACUCUUAUCUAUCAUUAUACCGGAACGAUGAUCAUUUGGAAAAUUUUCCGGAGGUGGAUGAGGAGAUGGCAGCUGAAGUGGAUGUGUUUGUGAAUGAUCUGUUGGAUGAAACUUCAAGAGGAUCUCAGCAAGAGUCAUCGGUUUAACUGAACAACCUAAAAUUCAACUCUGACUCUGCAUAGCAAAGAUCAUGCAUAAUAAAAUGAAGUGUUUAGGUCAAGCC